AGUCUUUACGUGGUCAAAGCAAGCAACAAAAUUGUUCUUGCAAGCAUAUUUUGAAAGAAAAGAACAGUUUCGCGAUCCCAAAGUACGGAAGAAAAGUUUAUGGACACAAAUAUGUAACAUAAUGUCAAAUAAAGGUUACAAUGUAGACGAAGAUACAUUAGACAGAAAGAUGCGCAAUAUGAAAAAGACAUAUCGUACAAUAAAGGAUAAUAAUAAGAAAAGUAGUACUGGAAGAGGCCGCAUACAUUGGGAAUAUUAUGAUACUUUUGAAGAGAUAUUUAGAAAUGAUGCAACUAUAAAUCAUGGACCAACCUUAUCUUCAAUGCCAUCCACAUCAAUAAGUGCAAAAUCAAAUCCAUCCACGUCAAAAGUUACAAAUUCAGUGCCAUUUACAUCAACAGAUGCAAACUCAAUGUCAUCCACGUUAACAGAUGCAAAUUCAAUGCCAUCCACGUCAAUAAAAGAAAACUCAAUGUCAUUCAUAUCAAAUGAUUAUGAACAAAUCAAGUUUUUUGAAACUAAUGAUCAGAUAAUACAUCCAACGCAAAAUAAAAUGUCAUUGAACUAUCAUCAUCAGAGUCACGAUCCCCAAGUUCCGAUAAAGAAAACAAAAGAAGUAGGAUGAAGACGCUAUCGUUAAUGCGAAAGAAACAACUUGAUACAGAAAACAGUAAAAUAGAAGAAAUAAAGAGACUAAAAGAGGCGAUGGAUA